GGGCAAUCAUAUUGCAGCGUCGUUUCCGCCAUUUAUGUUUUUUGCACCAGCAUUUUAUCCUGAGCUUCGAUUCAACCCCUGAAGCUGUGCAUAAUGAUAGUACUCGAAGCAGCACAUUGUCUGUGAUUGAUCAUAAUUAGGUACGCAACUCCUUACGGAUGCCAAACAUGUUCGUAUUUUAUUAAAGUUUGUGGAUAGGAACGCAAUUUAGAUGAUCAGGAAUGAGGAUUCUCCCCAGCCUCGAAAAUAAGCUGCUUUGAUCAAAUUUCCUACCUGUCAUUUCUUCUUUCGCCGUAUCAAUGAGCUCUCGCGCCAUGCUUCUCGGAAUUAUUGCCAUCUUUGCUGCUUCCUAUGGUAUAGUGGAAAGGGCUGACGCUGAUGUAUCUGUACACCCAGAAGCUAUCUCCUACCAUUACAACUUUAUAAAUGUCAACGCAGUGCAGCCCUUUAAACAGCCUAAACCGACGACAGAUUCUCAAAGAUCUGCCAUUAAAUACCAACCACGGCUUUCCAUUUCGAGCCGAUGUCAUCCAUAUCCUGCAGUGCAGGCGAAUGGGUCACUAAAUGAGGGACUUCCCUGGAAAGUCUUCCAGUAUCGAUGUCAUGGAUCUCCCCACGGUUCUCAAAUUUACUCGUGAUCCGAUUGGUACCGAGGCAAGUGGGCCAUUAUGUACGCGUGGUACCUUCCGAAGGCCUUGGACCAAACUAACUGGUUGGUUGACGGCCAUUGUCACUUUUGGACCUGGGUCGUUGUCUGGACAGACAGCCCUGAUCCGAAUGUCUCGACCAUUCUCGCUGGAUCAACAGCUGGCAUCGGCGACAAAAUCAAGAAAUACCUACCACUAGAGUCAAAGUAUCUUCUUGACAACAAGUCUUUGAAGGUCAAAACACAUGAAAGUUAUUUAUGGAAGAGGACUGGAGUCAAGGUUACCGAAAAAGUCGGUACUGCAGACUCUCAUUACUUGGGAGCAGCUUACAGAUGAGGCUCGAACAGCGCUAUCAUCUUAGCAUUACCCGUAUUGGCGUAUGGAGUCGCCGAUUCAAAACAAGCGUUUUAAUCGGACGCUGAAAGCUGCUUAUCCAUUCUAGGCUGCAGAUAUGCAACAAGCAACGAUAGGCUUGUUUCUAAGUCAUUACGAUUUUUAAUCUGAUACAUAAUUUGCUUACUCAAUCGUGGUAGUAUAAUUAUGCAUAAUAUUUCUAAGCGUCG